AUGACGCAAAGACUGUGGUUGGCCGAGUUUAUAGAAUUAUAUAGGAAUGAACCUUGCUUAUGGCAGAAUAAAAGUAAGGAGUACCAUGACCGAGAAAGGAAAUCAGCAGCUUACAAGGUAUUAUUAGAAAAAAUUAAAGAAAUUGACUCUACGGCAACUAUAGAUACAGUGAAAAAUAAAAUUAACACAUUGCGUUGCACGUUCAAAACAGAAGUUUUGAAAGUCAAAUCGUCACAAAGAUCAGGAUCUGGCAAGGAUGAUAUUUAUAUACCAAAGUUAUGGUAUUACGAUUUGCUACAAUUUCUCACCGACCAAGAAGUACCACGAUCCUCCAGAUCAAAUAUUUCCAAGGAUAACGAAGAAACGAACGACGUGAGUAAAUAA